AUUCAUCAGCGCCAGCUCGAAUUUCAAAUCUUCUACUACACAAUUCAGAGUGCCAUAAGUUUUUAAGAGAGCGGUUUAUAUUUUAUUAAAAAAUAACCGAUCGAUGUGUAUAUAUAUAUAAGAACAUAUAUAAAAAUGAAAACAAUAAUCAGUAUAUUAAAAAUCAUUUUUUUUUUGAUAAAUUUGCAGAAUUUCUCUGCAAGAUGUGCUGUUCCUACAGAUGCAAUUCACUACAUAGAACCGGGAAAAGUCAUUGUAAAUGAUAAACCAGGAUUGCAAGUAUUCUGUCAUAGAGCAAAGUCAAAAUAUGUAAUAAACAUGUGGAAAACAAUAACGAUGAAUUUAGAUAUUAACCUGGACACAUAUGAUUUAUAUGAUGGCAAAACACCUCAAGAAGUUUUUGAAAAACAUGAAAAUAAUCAGCGAUUUUGGAAGUUUAACUUUUUUGGUACAAAAAAACACAAAUUACUUAAAAUUAAUCCAUUUGAAACUACUUGUAUUGGUGUUUAUAUUUAUGAAUAUGAUGGAUUACGAUAUACUAUUAGUAUGACUCAAGCACGUGUAGAUAUUGAGGAAGUACUAAUGGCUAUGGUAGGAGUUAUAUUAUUUUGGUCAGCUAGAAAACUGAGUCAUAAUCCUUUAUUCUACUAUUUAUGUGGCAUUAGUCUUGGAGUUACAGCUUCUCUUUUAGUUUUAAUAUAUUUUACUAGUAAAUUAUUUCCACGUGGAAAAUUUAUGUACUUAAUGGUUGCUACUGGUUGGUCAAUGUCUUUUUACCUUGGUCAAAUAUUAUGGGAAAACGCACAAUUGAUAGUAUCACAGUACAUAGAAUAUGUUAUGUGGUAUAUUCUAAUAACUUCACUAAUCAGUUUUCUUAUUUGUUAUCGUUUUGGUCCAGUUACUAAUAAGAGAACAAAACAGAUUAUACAAUGGUUCUUACAGGGUUUAGGUUUACUAUUAAUUUAUUAUAGCAGUUAUUUCUACGAAGCAACAUUUUUAAACUGCGUAGUAAUCAUUCUUUUGAAUAAUUUUCCAAUUGCUACCAUAUACAAAGGAAAACAAUACUGGAAAAAAAUGUUUCCUGAAAGGAGAAAAUUAUUAACAGAUAAUGAAUACCGUAAAGAGGGUAUACAAGAGACUAAAAAGGCUUUAAAAGAUUUACAACAAUACUGUUCUAGUCCUGAAUGUAAUCCUUGGAAAACAGUUUUAAAAUUAAAGGAUCCCAUAAGAUUCGCAAAAUUUAUCGAAGGAGAUUCACAUUUGUCUGACGAAGAAAUAAAAGAACAUGAUGCGGAAAUUACAAGAAUCGUCGAAGAGUACGAAUAUACAGACGAUGAUGAUUUUUGACAUAGUCUUUUCUUUAUAUAUAUGUAUAUAUAUAU